AAAGGUUGUUACCCAAUUUAUUUAAUAUUUAUUGGAAUGUCGUUCAGAACUUUUAAAGUUUUUUUACGAAGAUAAACGGCUCACUCAUUGUACCUACAUAAUGCAGGCAGGUAGGAUUAAUGAACGUUUAAAGAAGGAUGUCACACACUAGCACGGGAAAAGGCAAGUAUAUUUUGUAAUUGCGACUUAAAAUAUAUUUGAUUGCAACAAUAUUUGAAAUAUAUUACAUGAUCGAACCAUGAAAAUAAAUUACACUAUAAUUAUUUGGUCUGGAUAUUGAAAUUGAGUAGAUUGGCCAACGAUAGUAGCUUAAUAGUCUGAAAUCAGUUUAAGUCAUGUCAGAUAAGCUAGCGUGAUCAAGAAAUUGAAUACGAGUAGCUUUGUCCUUUGAGGUAUUUGAUUUGGUUUUUAUACUUAUAUGCUUAUCUCUUAUAUGUGAAGUUGUAAAUGGAUGAUGGACCACGAUUAUGUCAAAAUAACUGUGCUAUAUGCAGUACAAUUACCUGUAUGUCAAAUAACUGUGGAUUCCAUGUACAUUGUACAGGACAUUAUACACCAGAUAUAUACUGAAGCAACCACGUAUAACGUUUAAAUCAAGACAUCUGACAGUAACACAUUGGCCCAAGUUUUUAUAACUUUGACAUGAUUGUAUAAAAUGCGAUCUGUUAAAUUUUAUCAUGAAAAAGCAUUAAAGCAAUUUUGAAGACUAGCUGGAGAAUAAAAUAUACAAGAUACUGCUAUACAAGCUGUAUCCUAACUCCAUGCCAUGCCGUGCAGGGACCAUGUCCUUAGAAUAGUCCUGAACUGUAAAAGAAUACAUCCUGACCAUACUGUUUGUUGACCAGAAUAGUUUGUGGCCCAUCCUGGGAAUGUCAUGUGAUCGCGCACAGCCACACACAGGCCUUGGCUCCGGCUUCAGCUUUUCGACAAGUGUGAUUUAUUACAUGACUCAACAAGUUGCAAUAGAAAGUAUAAUACAAGGCUCCUAUAUUAUACAUAAUAUGUCAAUAGAAAUUAUCUAAAAAUUAAAUACGAUAAUAGUGUAUAGAUUAAUGGCAUUUUAUAUUAAUUUGUGAUGACAACAAUAUUCAUUAGAAAGAAAUAUCUUGGGAAAACUGUAUGUUAGUUGCAUACUAGUACCAUAAUGGCCUUGCAAGAGUAGGAAUUAAAUGCCUGGUGCAUUGUCAAUGGAGAAAAUGAUUGCAUGCAACAUACCAAAUAUGUGCGAUUUAUUAACAGACGUACAGUACAUCCCAAGAAGAAGGAACCCUAAUUAUUAAUUACACACAGCUAGUGUAGAUGUGCACCUUAGCCAUGCAAUUUUUCUAGUUUUGCCUGAAACUAGAUUUGGCAGAAAUUAAAUUUAACCCUUUAUAAGUGGCAAUGCACACUAAGUACUUUAUUAUGUUAUUCUUUCUAAUGCCAGACAAUUUACUCUUGAGUCUUCAAGUGAAGUGUACUGACACUCAUUGCAUUAAACUAAUUUACCCAUUAAGUUGCGUUGCACCUAAUGCAUCUCACUUUAUUAUUUUAUUACUCUAAAGUUCUGUCUAAUUCCUGAUGAUAUUACUUAUCAUGGGGUGAGUGCUCUCACUCAUUGUGUUAUCAUUGUGUUAACUAUAUACUUAAGUUGUCUGCUGAUAAAUUUCAUGAUCACAUUGACAUUUGUACUAACCUAUGUGUAGCUUUCUGAGUGGACAGUAAUUGACUUUUGAGGGUAAUAUAUUUUCAUAUGACCGAUUGAUGUCAGUAAUUGCAUUUAUAAGGAAAAUUCCCAGCCCAGUCACCUGGGAUCAAUCAAGCUACAGUAGGUGGGAUCUCGCUAAGGUGGGAUCUCGCGAAGGUGGAAUCUCGCUUAAGUACGCGGGCCAGCUUGGUUCCCAUAUAAACGUAAAAUCAAAUUUAGUACCAAAUAUUAACAGGCAGGAUCUUGCCUAACCUUAAGGCCAACUCGGGUACCCGGAAUUGAGUUGUUGGAAGGCUCGGCUAAACAAGUUAUUGACCUCAGGGGGCGUAGGAGGCAGAGGGAAACGGGCCCCCAACCCAUUGUUUUAUAAGGGGCGAUAAUUUUGGCCCCCCACAAAAAAAAACAGUUGAUUUCAGAACUAGAAGUAUUUGAAAUAGUAUGUAUAUAUAUAAUCAAACAUCUGUAAUCGAUAUUUUGAUACUGACAACAUUUCUCGUAAUAAUAAAUCCUGACUAACGGAUAGCAUAGACUCACAAAUCGUAAUGAAAUAAUUAAUGAAAGGGCCUAACAAAAGAGGUGGAGAAUACUUUGAAAGUGCCAUUUCCGACGAGUUAGAGACACAAAAUUUCCCCGCUCUGUGCCAACCAUGUUGGCGCUUCGUGGGAAUCAGGCCCCCUAAGUUUAUCAAGCUAACUCCCUGAGUGACCAAGUUGUGGUACCUACAUAACCAUAUCAUGCAAGUAUUUCACUGAAGGUUAGUCUAUGAUGUCUAUCCACAGUUAAGGUCUAUCUACAGCAUAAUGUAAUGCUGUAUAUCCAAAAAUCAGUUUCAGAAAAUGCAGGAAUUGCAGUCAUACGGGUAGAAAAAUACAAAAAUUUUCUGGGGGAGAAUACCCUCAGACCCUCCUACUAUUAAGUGCGAUACCACACCAAACUUUUUGUUACCAAUCACCAUCUAUCAUUUCUCCACACUUGGUAUAGUAUGGUCCCUUUUGUAGAUCCCCCACUGACGAAUUCUUAAAAAAUUCCAUGCCCUAUUGUUAAACGAAUGUAGAGAAAUUGAGGAUGAUAUAAAUUACAUGGUCAAGAAUAAUGUAGGAGGAAGGAGUAAAAACAACUGCAGUCUGAGCUAGAUAUCUAGACUCAGAGCACAAGCUAUACUUGUUGGCAGGAGCGUAGGAAGCAUAAAAAAGUGGGGGGGGGCGGUUUCGAUGGGCAUUUUUCGGAAAAAAAGGGCACCUAAAAAAUUUAAUUGGUGGUUUAUACUCACUAGCUGUUUUGCAUGGAAUGACCCAUGACUUCAUGUAUCAACAUUGGUAGAGCAUAUAUAAAUGUAUUUCUGCGGAACGAGAAGGAGCAUACGGAUAACUCGAAACAUCCAUCAGAUGAUGAAUUCAUAUACUAGCUGAUACAGCUCAGCCUCCAUUUAUUGAUAUUAUCUUUAUUUAUAAGCCAAAUGGGAAGUGAGCUCGAUAUAUAUUUGGAGUGAGAACCUGUGCCGAUAAAGUGAAGCCAAAGGUGGAACUAUUGGACGCAGUGAACUGACGAACUCGAUAAAAUUGGAACUAUAUAGCUCGGGCUUUGUUUUUGAAACCAAAAUGGCGGAAAUUCAGUGAAGCCCUAGGGCCCUCAUAGGCAGGCCAUUUAAUAUAGCCCCCUUGAUGGGUCUGGAUUUCCCUUCACAUUUUGGUUUAACAUUUCUCAUAGGUCGAGUGACUGAAGUUCUUGCUACAGAUAUAAAUAGAGCUCAGUGGGCAAGCCUGACUAGUACUUGGUUGGACAGCUACUGUAUUGUCGAAAACAUUGCACACCCAAAAUAAGCAUUCUGCAGUAUAAAUAUUUAAAUUGCCGAAAGGUUGCAAAUUUACAGUUCAUCCAUUACUUUUCAAUGAUGCAGUGGAAAUAACAGUGAUUUUAAACUCUUUGUAGACCGAGUCUUAAAAAACCGUCUUCUAACUAAUUUUCAGAAGUCUAUAUCCCUCUGAACACUCGUGAUCAUAAUUAUUGUUCCUAUUCUUGGAAUCGGACAAUUCCCAUUAUAGACUAAUUUUAAAACUAGGCAAGGAGAUGCAAAUACAUCACCACAGCUUGAAAGACCAUACUAAAAUGAGUAAAGUUUCAAAGUUUGGUUGCAAAUUGUUGUAAAAUGCGGAAAAUAUAACCUUGCAAUUAAGUUUGCAAAUUUUGUAUACUUUUGCAUUGCGUGCGGAAAUUGCUACCAUUUUAAUGUCGGCCCAAAUGUGGUAGCAAUUUCCGCACGCAAUACAAAAGUAUUCAAAAUUUGAGAACUUUGCAAGUCUAUACUUUCCCCAUUUUACAAUUUACUAAUUUGCAAUUUACUAAUUUUAGUAUGCUCUUUCCGGGAAUAUACUUUUUUUGCUAGAUAACAAAUUAGUCUAUAAUAAAUUAGGAAUUGUUCAUUGGCACUAUAAUAGCGGUCUUAAUAAUAAUUUUUUCUUUACAGGACACUUACUGUAUUUUUUUAUGAUUUUUCAGGUGCUUAUGUAAGUGAAGUAUGCCUUUUGUUAGCAAAAACCGUCCUUGUGCUCGCUGUUGUGAUGUAUACAAAUGCCCGCAUUGUCCAGAACGUGAAUUUGAAACUGCAGCUGCCCUGAUCACGCAUUUAAAGAAAAAUUUUAAACACAAAUGUCAAACAAACUAUACAACAUUCAUGUGUUUAAAAUGCAACGUGGAUUUUCAAAGUAGGCGUGGAUUUAUACAUCACUUACAACAGAAACGAAUCCACAAGUAUGACCUUCAUCAAGCGGCGUGUUGUGGCAGAUUCCAAGAUGUUACAAGACUUAUUCAAAAUGAGAGUGCGGAUGAGACUGGUGCGUCUCAUAUUGUAAAAAAUGGUGAACUUUUGUAUCAACGUGGGAUGACACCAAUGCAUUGUGCAGCAUUUAGAGGAUAUACCAGGUAAUAUAGUAGUAUCGCCAUGGUGUAUCAUGAGGAUUGUGUAACGCAUGAACAAUAAAGUUCUAAUUCGAAUUAUUCGCGCAAAUUGAAAUAUAAAUAUAAAUUUUGGUCUGAUUUCGAAAACUUUUUUGUUCCAACGAAGCAUAAGUGAGUAUUAAUAAUCGCACAAGGAAUAACUUGUAUACAAGGUGUCAUUUCUAUAUAGCGUCAAACUUUGCUCGUGUAUUUCAACACGUUUCGACAUUUAUUUUGUGUCUAGACGUGAAAAAUAUUGAAAUUAAUUAUCCGAGCCCGUAUCAGGUGAAUAGCAGCCGGAAAAUAAAUUGAAGACACGCCAAAUUAUUGUGGGAGAAUUGGACCAGGGUGAAGUGAACCAUUACAUGUACUGUAUAAUCUUUAACCACUACUCCAGUAGUACUGGUCAACCCAAAGAGUGAUAAUCCCUUUGGCCUGAAUAUAUUUACGAUAAAAGACCUUAGUGUAUCUGCAUGUCUAUGGGUCUGAAGUUGACCAUUUAACAAAAUCUAUUUAGGUAUAUAUUUACAUCACGAUAAUUUCCUUUUAUAAUAAUCCCCGAGCCAACCACGCGGAGCGCCGUGCGAGGGUUCUAAUUCCGCCCGGCUGUUUACCCCCCGGGAAAGGAAAUAACUCAUAAGCCAUAACUCGUAAGCCAGUCUACUAAUCGGGAUCUAUAUAUAGUAAUUGGCUGAUGGCUCAAUGAUAAGGCCGCCGCUCAUCUCCAGUUCUUCUGGAAGUGUGACUGUAGUACUAGGAAAGGUGUAAUUGUUCUCGGCACUCGAGAGCAGCUAGAUAUAAGUAACUUGGUUAAUAUGUAGUUGAAUACCAAAUAUGGACAUAGCCGUAAAGGACUAAAAACGCCAAUGCUUGCCCCACGGUCAUGACCUCUAUCGAAUUGCCUCUUCGACGGUGCUACAACCCUCCAAUAAACUCGCCACAUAAACCGCUUUAACUUGAUAUUGUUAUCUUCAUAUAUAUUUGUAUUUCGCCCCUGUUUGUUCUGGGAUUAGAAGUUUUUGUUUUAUGUAUAUAAGCCAAAUCAGGGGAACUUGCCGAUCAUGGUCGGGUUACAUCGUUAGGGACUGGUCAUAAAGUAACUGCUAGGGUGGGCUGGAGGUAAAUCACAACUUUUUCCAACACGUUUGGUGACCCAUCUUAGGACGUAGAUAAAAAUUUCAAAGCCCAUCUAAUCUUACCAAAUUUAUUUCAUGACCCACCCACCCAAUCUAAAUUGGGAAAAUACACUUUUAUAAAAAAAAAUACUUGAAGGUAUUUCAACAUUGUAAAUAUACACUGGCACUGUACUGACAUAUGUAAUUACACCAAGCUUGACCAACACAUUCAUCACCAAUUACGAUACUGAGCUGUUCUCCAUUUGGUUGGAUUUGCCGUGAUUCGACCACUUCUUGUUGUUGUAUAAAACAAAGUAUUGGCUUCAAUAGCAUCAUUUUCAUUUGAUAAUUAGGAUAGUUUUGUUUACUUUUAUUAUUAAUAUCUUUAUAUAAUAUAUUGGUUUUUGUUUGGUGGCCCAACCAUGGACAUACAAAAAAAUUGGCGGCCCAUCGAAACUGCAUGCCCAAAGAUUUUCCAUGGCCCAUCCCAAAUCACUCCAACCCACCCUAGCGGUUACCUUAUGACCGGUCCCUUAUGUUACGGUAACAAAUCCGUAGGAUUAAGAAUAGGGUUGUGAUUUUGGUGAAGAACGAAGAAAGAAUAUUCAUGUCUAAAGUAUCUGUUAGUAUCGUUACGAAUAUAUCCGUUAGUAUCGUUACGAAUAUAUAUUUCUUUGUUCUUCACUGGAAAAAAAGUGAACUCCGUACUAUGAAAUUGCAAUUGCACCACUAAAUCUAUAAUAGUCUGUCCAUACUAUUUUGAUACUAUAUCCAUAGUAUGGAAAUAUAAAAUUAUUAUGGAUAAUCAAAAUCCAUUCUAUUCCCAAUAAAGGUCCGUGAAGUUUCCAUUCUAGGACCUUCCCCGUAACCCUAGCGGCUUGUGCGCGUAACAUUUGGACUAACAAGUAUUUCGUACUAUGGAUAAAAUCGAUUUUAUUUUCUUAUUUUUAUUAAGCUCUAGAAAUAGACCGUGGGCCGUUUUGUGAAAAAGUGGGGAAUAGAUUUUCUGUGGUUCAAUGCAUAGUACCAUAGAUGCUCAAUCACCACAAAAAGUUCCAAAGCAGAAAACUUGCCAAACACCGAGAAAAUGGGUGAUCAGUGAUUAUCCUCUAUUAAAUUGUAUUUGCAAGAAAAUGUGAAAUUUUGCAUUCAAUUACAACAAAAAUGACUAGCAUUAUCAGAAAGCUUACAAAAAUCUAAAUUAUAAGACAUUUAAACAGGGUUUUUUAUAUCUGAAAUUGUUUUCGAGUUAUACGCUGUCCUGGUACCCAGUCCUUAUUGCGACAUUUUGGUCCAAUUUUCACAUUUAAGACAGCAAUAACUCCGAGACUAUUUGAAGGAUCAAAAAACUGUUUAAAAGUCUUAUAUGCGGUUUUUCUAAGCUUUCCGAUGAUGCAAGUCAUUUUUGUUGUAAUUGAAUACAAAAUUUCACAUUUUCUUGCUGUAAUACAAUUUAAUAGAGGAUAAUCUCUGAUCACCCAUUUUCUCGGUGUUUUUCAAGUUUUUUGCUUGGGAACUUUUUGUGGUAAUUGAGCAUCUAUGGUACUAUGCAUUGAACCACAGAAAAUCUAUUCCCCAGGGGGUUGCCACGAAGCGAAAUAAUUUUGGCCAACUGCCUACGGCCUAAAACGCAGUCAAAUUCUUGUUUUUUCUAAGAAGUGAUAUACUAAUGAAAAAAGAUUUGUCUUCUUUAUUUGGGUCGUGUUUUGGAACCCUAUAUAGCUACGAUGCGAUUCUCUAAGAAUUCUCCUCGAAAUGCUGAUAGGGUGUUCGAUAUUUCUUCACCUUCUCUUCUUCUUACUUACAUGCAGCGGGGUUGGCCUGCCACAAGUUGAACUCUGAGUUUGACAAAAUGGGUGCUUUUAGCUUAAAUGCGACGAGUUGUCGAAUGUUUUGUAAGACAAUUAUUGUUUAUGUUCACGUUAAAAUCAUACAAUAUACAUUGCUGAAUUUAAACCUCCAACUUAUAUCCCUAUUGAUGUUUAUAUGAUUUAUGAAUAUAACCGUGUAUCCACUGGUAUCCAGGCGCUUUAAAUAAUUUUCAAAAACUCAUUAAUAAUUCUUGAAGCAAUUAUCCAAUCUUGAGUAAGAAAUUAGUCACGUGCAUACGUCUUUAUACCAGGUAAAGAACACUUUAACAAAAGACCAUUGUUAUGCAAAGUAUAUAAAGUUUUUUAUAUAAAUAUUUUUAUAUAAAAUUUUUAUAUAAAGAUUUUUAUAUAAAGAUUUGACUUAUUAUGCAAACGUUUUUGAAGCCAUUUAAAAAACUCGCAGGUCGUGUUUUAUUAGGUCUAAAGCCACUCGCGCUGCGCGCUCGUGGCUUUAAACCUAAUAAAACACUUCUGCUCGUUUUUUAAAUAGUACAUAAUACAUGAAAUAUUCAGGUAGGCAGGCGACACGCGAAGGGGCUGUUGGGAAGGAUGCGUGCUGGGGAGCGCCUGGCAGUUCUUCUAUACUGUCAUGGCGGGAAAACAUGGAAUUUAAUACAAAAAGUUGCCAUAUCGUCAUACACUCUGUGUGUAAAACCUUACUUUUUGAUGAAGAGUUGAACUGAACGCCAUUGGCGAAUAAUAAUAAACUUAUAGAUGUUUGAUGACAUGCAAAAUGCACGAAAAGUUAUGAGUAAAUUACAUAUGGCAAGUUAACCAUGCGAAUAUUUCGAAUAUAUAAAUUAUAUAUAAUGUCAUUCGGUUAAUAUAUGGAGAAUAGUAGAAUGCUAUCAGUUGCUUAGUGUAAAAUAGUAACAGAGAAAUGAUUAGAAAGUCGUAUAAUUGCUUUUGUAUUAAUGACUUCUUUAGCCGAAGGCUCGAUCACAAUGCCAAUGGCAAUUUCUAAUUUUCUAUUAAAUGUAUACUGUAAACAAAAGCCCAAGUGAAUAAAAGUUCACAACCGUAAAGUUUGAAAUAUUUAUUACAACAGUGAAAUUUAAUUCAUAGUGUAUAUAUACCUUUAGAUAGCUAUAGUAAUACUUUACAAAUCUAGUUCCUGCUGUGCAAGUCUAGUUCUUCAACGCUUCUGUUGUUAACAUGUUAAUAUUCCAGGACUUUAAAUAAGGCAUAUGUCAUAUAUACCAAGAAUAACAGCAUGAAUUCACGCCCAGAUGACAGAAGAAUAUUAACAUUAGUCAAUACAACAAAAACAAGUAGAAAAUAGUCUUAAACGACAACGAAAUAUCACAACUUGCAAGAAAUCGUACUUUGUUGCAAGAAAUUGACCAAGAACUGCCAGGCGUGGCAGGUGCGAGUCUGCUGUGGUACGACCAACACUGCACAACGAUCUUUUCAUGAUUCAUAACCGUUUUCAAACGUUUUUCACGCAGUGAUUUCAUAUAUAUUUUAUAUAAAUGAUGGUGGAAAGCCAACGUUCACAAGUUCUCUCUAUGUAUUUAAUAUUCUCCGUGUAAUAACUGUAAGAUAUUUUACCACAAUAAACUAUAUCUCUAUUUGUCUAUCUGUUAUAACUUAUAUUAAACUUACAUGUACAUUGUGUUCUAUAGAUGCUUGAGAAUAAUGCUUUCUUGGGAAGAUGGAAAUCCGAAUACAGCGGACGAAAUUGGUCAAACUCCUGUUCACUUGGCAGCAAAAUGUGGGAAAGCAACCAGUUUGCGAUUGUUGCUGAGAAAGGGUGGAAUACUUGAUUUAGAAGAUGAUGAGGGAAUGACUCCCAUAAAACUGGCAACUGAUUCGUGCAUAGACACUAUUAUACAACAUCAAAUCGCAACCAUGAUUGGCAAACAAAUAUCGAAAUAUUUUAUGAGGAAAAUGGAAGGUAAAAUUUGCAAAGAAGUUAAUAGAUACUUUAAUCACACAACAUUUUUAUUGACGCGCGGACGUUGCACGUGCAAAGUCAAACCGUUAGAUAAUGAAAGCCACAACUUGAAACUUCAAUGAUCUAAUCUCGAACGGUCUGUGCCAGUGUAGGUAGUGCCAAUCACAACAAGCUUCCGUUG